AUGCUGGGUCUUUUGCCCCCUGUGACCAGUACGGGUUUCAUGGUCACCGACAACCCAUUCCCUGUCCGGGAUAACCGGUUAAAGGACCGAAUCCUUCUGCGCAGUGUGGGGUAUCACCUUGGCAGACCUGAAAAGCAAAAGACCAUGAGCACUAGCAGCAAAGACGGCGGCUCCACGAAGGGGCGAGAAUCGCGGGCAGGAGCAAGAAAAGUAUCAUCUCUAUCCGCAGAACAACUCGAACGAAAACGCGCCAACGACCGUGAAGCACAACGAUCGAUUCGUCAACGCACAAAAGAGCAUAUUGAGCAGCUGGAGGGUCAAGUCGCCAUGCUCCAGAGUCAAGUGGCCGAGAUGCAGCCCCAAAACGAUCGAUUUGGAGAGCUCUUACAACGGAACUCUGUCUUGGAACAGGAGGUUGGCCACCUGAAACGACAAAUAGCAAGCUUGUUGGGGCGUCCCAGCUUUGCUGGGGGUAGUGAUCAAGUUGGCGGCUUUCGAGGAGGCACUUGGCCUAUGGAUGAAUCGGCAAAUAAUACAAUAUCGAGUGUCCCGUCGACCAAUGCGAUGAUUUCUCCACAUUUCUCGGGGUCCUCACAACAUGCAUCAGCAAUACAACGAGCGCCAUCUGCUGUCUCGGCACCAAGUCGCUCACCUCAUCCCCAUGAGUGGCAAUCAUAUGAUAAUAAUCGCUCGUUAUCUCUGGCAGAUUCCUCUGAUGCGAACCUCUCGAGUCGAAUGGAUCCAUACGUGAUGGACGGACAGAUGAAUCACGGUUCUCGAUUAAUGCCGUCUGUUCUCCCGUCUGGUCUUCCCGUGGCAUCUCAGAUUUCAUUCGGAAACUCGACAGGCGCGCAAAACACGCACCCAUCCGAGUCAUCUUUUCCUUCGGUCCCUCAAAUCCCAUCUCAUCGAUCCUUAGCCAUGUCAAUACCUACUCCCCAGGCUGCGCCUGUACAGCCUUAUCAAUCAUCGGCGCCAUCAUUCCAUCUCUCAAUGGUUCAGUCAUCACAAAGAGAAAACACAUACACCUAUCAACCAUGGAAUUCCCAAUGA